ACCAGCUACUGUGAGUAUACAGAGCAGGGUUGCAUGGUGUAUGUAACUAAUUGUGGGGACUGAUAUGCUUUAUAAAAAUGUAUGUAUUUAUAUGGGGAGCACACCAGAAAUGUGGAUUAUAACAUACACCACUAACGGAAGAGGGCAUGGUUCAGCAGCUUUUCCCAAGUGCACCUGCUUUGUUUAAAUUAAGCCAAGUAAUUGAUUUUUUUUAAUUCAUUUUUUUAGAUGAACUCUAAAGCUGAAGAUGCACCAUCAUUUCCAGGGGCUCCGAUCAUGAAUUCACCAGUGACCGGUCCUGCACAUCCACCACCAUCAAAAGGAUUUGCCCCUCCACCAAUGACCAGACCUCCCAACGGAUAUGGCCCUCUGCCCUUCGCUGGGCAUCCUCUACCUGUCCCAGGCCCUCGCUACAGACCUCCACAUCCAGUUAGAGGACCCUAUGGUCGCAUGCUAUAUGGACCUGCUCCGCCCUGGAGUGGUUGUGGACCACCUCCACCGCACAGAGACUAUUGGCCAGGACCGCCCCCUCCAUUUGGCUUAAGGGAUUUUGCACCUGGAAUGAGAGACUUGCCCUCUGGUUUUCCACCACCACAUGGACCUUGGGACUAUCCCUUUCCACCCAAAAACAUGCUUCCUGGGGCUGUUCCUCCACCAGGCAUGAGAGACUAUCCAGGCCCACAAGGUCCACCACCACAGAUGGGUCCCAGAGACUUCAAAGCAGGCCCCCCAGUACCACAACAGAUGAGCCCAAGGGACUAUCCUCCAGGCCCUAGUUUGCCAACACAACAGAUGCAACCCGGAGACUUCUCAAAUUCACAGAAUGGGCCAUAAAUUUCACCUAAUGGUGGUAUUUUAUUCAACUAAGCAGAGCAAAAAACUGUUUCUGUUCUUUUAUUUUUAA